AUGCCAAGGCUAAUCUUAGACGAAGGCAGAUCCUCAUGUAGUAAAAGUACGCGAGUCCGGAGUGGAGCGGCUGUUUGCCUUUACUGUGUGCAUUUCGUGCGAGCAAUGAUAGAUGUCAGCAAAAAUUACGAUAUUCAUAUUAUUUUUACUGUAAAUCAAAGCAUUCCUUCUAGAUACACAAGAGGAAGUUGUUUACAUCAUGUCAUGGUUUAUGGAAACAGAACUUGGGUUAAGAAACUUGUCCUACUUUUGCUUGUUUUCAACUCUUAUGACUAUCAGCCACAUUUUGUGUUUUGAAAUUG